CCGGACACGGACUGCUCCGUCGCUCCCUCCCUCAGCUCAUCCCCGCGUCCCCACUUCCCUCCUCCCCUCGCUCCGAGCAGCAUCCUCUGCAGACCCUCGGUCCUCAUUCCCGGGGUCGUCGGGCUCCCGCGGCUCCGUGUAACUACCCCUCUUCACUGGCCAGCCCGGCAACUUUCUCCGCCCGCUCCCGGGAGUGGGGGGGUCGCUUUGCCUGGGCGGAUUUUUCCUGGGGUUCACUGGGGGGCAGUCUCUGGAGAAGGGCCUCAGGGUCCCAGGGAGACAUCUGCCAUCUGCCACCUGCCCCCGUCGGGUCUUGGCACCCUCUCUUCCCCUCUCCCCCAACCAUGACCGAAAUGAGCGAGAAGGAGAACGAACCGGAUGACGCGGCCACCCACACGCCCCCGGGGACCGUCUCAGCCCUCCAGGAAACCAAGCUCCAGCGGUUCAAGCGCUCACUUUCCCUCAAGACCAUCCUCCGAAGUAAGAGCGUGGAGAACUUCUUCCUUCGCUCAGGCUCUGAGCUCAAGUGCCCCACUGAGGUGCUGCUGACCCCCCCAACCCCGCUGCCCCCUCCCUCCCCACCACCGGCAUCUACAGAUGGGGGCCUCCCUCCCCCAGCCCCCUCCCCCUGCCCCAUCCCGCGGCCCCUGGCACCGCUCAAACCGGUCAGACUGCACAGCUUCCAGGAACACAUCUUCAAGAGAGCCAGCCCCUGUGAGCUCUGCCACCAGCUCAUUGUGGGAAACUCCAAGCAGGGUCUGCGGUGUAAGACGUGCAAAGUCAGCGUCCACCUCUGGUGCUCCGAGGAGAUCUCCCGCCAGCAAUGCCCAGGCAAGGCGUCCUCCUCCUUCCGUCGCAACUUCAGCUCUCCGCUCCUUGUGCAUGAGCCACCCCCCGCCUGUGUCACAAGCAAAGAGUCCCCACCCACUGGGGCCAGCGGGAAGGUAGACCCCGUCUACGAGACCCUGCGCUAUGGCACCUCCUUGGCACUGAUGAAUCGCUCCAGCUUCAGCAGUACCUCUGAGUCCCCCACGCGGAGCCUGAGUGAGCGGGAUGAGCUGACUGAGGAUGGGGAAGGCAGCAUCCGCAGCUCAGAGGAGGGCCCUGGAGACAGUGUAUUCACAGCCCCGGCCGAGAGUGAAGGGUCAGGACCAGAGGAGAAGAGCCCCGGACAGCAGGUGGGUGAGAGCAUGGUGAGUGGGAGUAUCUGCUCCUUCAUUUAUCCUACGUCUACGGGGAUGGGCAAUGCCAGGCCCCCCAAACCCCCUCUGCGAAAGGACGUGGGGCCCAUGUACUCCUACGUCGCGCUCUACAAGUUUCUGCCCCAAGAGAACAAUGACCUGGCUCUACAGCCUGGGGACCGGAUCAUGCUGGUGGAUGACUCUAACGAGGACUGGUGGAAGGGCAAGAUUGGCGACCGGGUUGGCUUCUUCCCAGCCAAUUUUGUGCAGCGAGUAAGGCCAGGUGAGAACGUUUGGCGCUGCUGCCAGCCCUUCUCUGGGAACAAGGAACAGGGGUACAUGAGCCUCAAGGAGAACCAGAUCUGUGUGGGCGUGGGCAGGAGCAAGGAUGCUGACGGUUUCAUUCGCGUCAGCAGCGGCAAGAAGCGGGGCCUGGUGCCAGCCGACGCCCUGACCGAGAUCUGAGCGGAGCCCAGAGAACCCAGCUGCCACCCCUGCCCAUGCCUGGCCCUUGCUUCUGGCCCCGGGAACAGGAACAGGCAUCAGCCCACACUCUUCCUCCCUCCACCUUUCCUAGGGGCCACUCCCCAUGACUCGGGAGCCUUCUGCACGGAGGAAGGUUUUAUUUUUGGGAUCCCAAGGUACCCCGAGGGGCUUGCUCCCCUGGACUUAAGGGUGAGGGAGGAGGGGACAGUGGGAGGGAACAGGGAAGCUCCAGGUAGGUCCAGCCACUGCCCAGACCCCACUCCCCAGUUGCCAUGCUGAGUGCAGCCCUGGGGACGGGGGUGUUCCUGGGGAACUCUCCUGCUGCUUUGUCCAGAGGGCCUUUCCACUUCCCAUGUCCACACCACCUUUGCAUGCCUGACACCACUGCCCUCUCCCCGCGGAGCCCCUGCUUGGGUCUAUGUGCCUGUGACCCUGCGGCUGUCCCUUUGGAAGGAAGUGGGGCCGAGUGCCUCAGCCCUCCGCCCCAGGGGGGUUAGGGGGCGGUGGGAGGGGAUUUAGGACUGCAGGAGGAUCCUGAGUCCACCUGCUGGUUUCACCACCUCUGUCACUCCAUCAAUUCUCAGGAAAGUUCUGUGGGAAUCUCUCCCAUUACUUGAAACCACGGGCGGACAAAGGAGGGGAGGGCCGAGUUCUGGGGAAAGUGUGGUAGAUCAGAGACUGUCUCCUCAAGGAGAACAGUCACCACAGAGCAGCCUCAUGGUACCCUUAUCCAUUGGAGAGGGACACUCCAGAAUGACUUGCACCCAGAAACCUGACUGAGAACAAAAAACUAGCCCAUGCUUAGGACCCCCAUUUCACUGUCAGGACUCUAGAAGUCCCUGGUGGCAGGAGGCAGGGCUGGCCACCCAGGGGAGCCUGUGCUUCUUCCUGUCCUGGGUAUCACAAGGCCCACCCCAGGAGUCCUGCCUCAAGGCUGACCAGGCCACUGCUCUUCCUCGCCCUCUCCCUCUGGGCUUUUCAGGAAGCACUGGGACCCCUCCUUCAGUGCAGGGGACCCUUCUGACCGAAUUUGCACCCUUAUCCUGGACAGAGAGUCCUGGGAGGAAGAGGGAGUGCAAGAUGGUUAAGGCAGGCCAACAGUUCUGUUUGACCACCAGGAAAGGAGGGGGUAGGCACCCUGGGGAGGGGGCGCACACAAAGAGGACCCCUCCCUUACAGGUUGUUUUUCUCUGGUGCCAACCUCCCUCUCCCCUUCCAAGCUCAGAGCCUCCUCUUGUGCCCUUGAUCGUGCCAGCCAAUGCCAGCCCCCACCCUGGGCACAGUCACACCCUCCCAUACAGUGGGAGGGACACAUCCUCCUACCCACUGGCCCCUGCUCCACUUCUCCCCCCUCGGAGGGGGGCUCAAGCCACACUGCCCUGUUUGCUGCCAUGAGGCCCCACCCCAGCAAUAUCCCAGGGGCGGGCCCGAUGCCCACUGUACAUGAGGCUGCAUGAUGGGUCUGCUGGGGCAUUGCUGAGCCCCCAGACCCUUAAAUAAAUGUUUCUUGUCCCAA